UGUGCAAACCAAUGCACAGGCCAUGUCCAUGCCCCCCAGCAGCCAUAUACUAAUGGCCUCCGCUAUUCGGAAUGGCUCUUCCGCCCGCGAGACCUUCCACAAAUUCUUCGAGUGCUGGCUCAUCGAGCAGAACCAGUACCUCCAGGAGCUUAUCUCCGCCUCCUCCGCCGCCGCCGCUUCGACAAAUGCCGAUCAUCCCAAUCACGAUGCCAUCCUGCAGCCCCUCAUUGACCGGGUAGUCCGGCACUACGACCACUACUACCGCGCCAAGUCCCAGUGCAGGGAGCAGGACGUGCUCUCCAUGUUCUCCCCGUCGUGGAGGAGCUCCCUCGAGGAUGCAUUCCUCUGGGUUGGGGGGUGGCGCCCGAGCAUGGCCUUCCACCUGCUCUAUUCCAAGUCGGGCCUGCAGGUCGAGGCCCAGCUAGCAGAUCUGAUUCGGGGGCUGAGCACGCGCGACCUCGCUGACCUCUCCCCGAACCAGCUCUCCCAGGUGGACGAGCUGCACCGAAGGACCAUAUCCAAGGAGAAGGAGAUCACGGAGAAGCUCGCCAAGCAACAGGAGACAGUCGCCGACUCGUCCAUGGUGGAGCUAUCCCAUGUUGUGACUGAGAUGCUGCAGAGCCGAGACAUCCCAGGGACAACCGAGAAUGACGACAGGGUCGACCAGCAGGUCAAGAGCGCGCUCGUGUCCAAGGAGGAAGGGCUAGAGGAGAUCCUGAAGAGGGCCGACAACCUAAGGCUGAGGACGAUCAAGGACAUCCUAAACAUCCUCAGCCCAACGCAGGGAGUUCAUUUCCUGAUAGCUGCCGCCGAGUUACACCUGAGAUUUCAUGACUGGGGCAAGAAGCACGACGCCGACGCCCAGGUCCAUUCCAGAAGAUGACAGACUUGCCGCGCUAUAACUGGAUCGAUCCAGGUGGAGAGUAUCAUUGGAUAUUAAUAUUAUUAGCUUAUGGUAAGCAUGAAAUUGUCUAAUUAUAUACUGUUGUGUGGGUUUCUUUUUUCUUGUUUUUUCAGUUACAAAUGAGGUCAAUGGGCCUAAUAUAUUGAAAUAAAAAUCACAAUUAUCUAAUAAAAGGACACGAAUUGUCCCACU